UGUUAAUGUUGGGACCCUCUGCGCCUAAAGGCUUUGAUUCCAGAGAUGUAACACAUUCGGGCAUCCAGCGCAGCAUCCGAUAGCGAUGCACUGGGACACCGAACUGGGCAACAACUCUGUGCUGCCGGGGGUGGAUUUUUUUCCUCCCCACCCUGUCUUCCUGCACGGAAAGCAGCGGCCUGGCGGCACCCACGUGGCAGGCGCCAUCUUCUGUGACUCCAAACCCACAGACCCUCCCUUGCACAGCACUGCCAUCUAUGCUGAUGAAGAGGUGUUCUCUGCCCCAUCCGGCCCUUCCUCUCCGCAAGGAAAAGAAGCAAAGAGAACUUUGGACUCUUCUGAAACUGAAGCGAGUGAAAAUGAGUCUAUAAAACUGAAUGCAAAGGAAAUGCCACAAAGAAAACACAAGCUAUCCGUUGAUGAUUCCAAAAGCAGUGAAGAGCUCAGUGUACGAAGCCAAGUUAAGCCAGUGGAGGAAACCAACACACCCCACCAAACUCCUUCAGCGAGAGCCUCCUCCAGACUUGCAGAGGCACCUGCCCGGCUGGCCACUGCUGCAGGGGACGGGGCCCAGAGUGGCCGGUCAGCUGUGGAGCGAGAGGCCACAGGGGGAAGCCCAGCGAAAGUCCGGAAAAAGAUGCCUCGCAGCAAAAGGAAGAAAUCAAAAAAUGAGGACUCAGAUAAUGCCGACUAUGUACAUGCUUGGUGUCUGGAAGGACAGAGCAGGAGUGACAUCACGGAGUUGGGUAUCAUCUUGUCUGCCUUUGAGAACACAUGCCUGAAAUAUACAGAAAAAAUAGAAUCUAAAGUUUUUAAGGAGACCAUCAAUAAAUUCCAUUCACAUGUAAAAGAAGAGCUCAUCAAAAUGCUUAAAGAAGCUCAGAAGGUGAAAACUCUGAAAAGAAAGAAUGCUAAGAUUAUUUCAGACAUCAAAAAGAAAAGACAGCAUUUGGUUGAAGUCCAGGAUGAACUGCUUCGUUUAGAACCACAGCUGAAACAACUACAAACAAAAUAUGAUGAACUUAUGGAGAGAAAAGCCGCCCUUACUAAUGCAACAUAUUUCUUAUCUAAUUUAAAACAAUUUCAUGAUUAUUCAGAUUUUCAAGAGAAAACAAAGAACAUGAAGAAAAUGCAGUAUGAUUCAUCCAGCCUUCCUGCUCUGCUAUUUAAGGCAAGAACUCUUUGGAGAGCUGAAACCCAUCUGCAGAGUAUCAACCAUCAAUUAGAGACGCUCCUUGACCAGAGACAAACUUCUAAAGAUUAG